AGGGUGCCUGGUUUUGGAGGGUACGACACAACCGAGUCCUGGAUAACUACCCCAUGCCCAUUGGUCACUUCUGGCGAGGGCUGCCGCCUAACAUUACUGCUGCCUAUGAGCGACAUGAUGGAAAAUUUGUCUUCUUUAAAGGAGAGAAGUACUGGCUGUUCCGAGAGGCCAACCUGGAAACUGGUUACCCGCAGCCGCUGACCAGCUUUGGAUAUGGGAUCCCUUAUGACCGAAUUGAUACAGCCAUAUUUUGGGAACCUACAGGACACACAUACCUCUUCCGGGGAGACAAAUACUGGCGUUUCAAUGAGGAGUCACGUUCUGCAGACGUUGGUUACCCAAAACCCAUUACAGUCUGGGCUGGUAUCCCUGACACCCCCAAAGGGGCCUUCUUGAGCUCUGACUCGACUUACACUUACUUCUACAAAGGUGCCAAAUACUGGAAGUUUGAUAACCAGCGGCUGAAGACAGAGCCAGGAUACCCUAAAUCCAUCUUGAGAGACUUUAUGGGGUGCCAAGAAGAAGUUUUUCAGGAUCCGGAUGUUGUUCCACGAUGGCCAGAUGUUGAACGUCCCCCAUUUAAUCCUGAUGUUGAGUCAGAGGAUAAAGAUGGCAAAGACAGUGACAGCGCGGGACGGGAGGACCCAAACACUGGACGUGAUGUGGACGUUGUGGUCCAUAUUGACGAGUACACACGGGCCGUUAGUGUUGCCAUGAUUAUUGUGCCACUACUACUAAUACUGUGCAUUCUGGGACUUAUUUAUGUCAUUGUGCAGAUGCACCGGAAAGGACCCCCUAAAGCCUUACGAUACUGUAAACGCUCUUUACAGGAAUGGGUCUGAUUUUUUUUUUUUUUUUUUUUUUUUAUUGUUGCCAUUUUUUACCUCUCACCAUCCACCUAUUUCUUUUGUUCCCUCUUUAUUUUUAUAUUCACAACUCAUUUUGUGUGGUGCUAACAUGGGGGAGCUGCGAUAUUUAAUGUUAAUAUUUGUUCCAACCCCCUCCUGAGUUUCCAUUCCACUGUUUCUUGACUGUGGGGGCAAAAGAAGGAAUACUGCAUUUUCUGACACUUUAAAGGGUGCGUCAUAUUUCCUGGUGUUCGUUUCAGAUUCAUUGGUCCACCUGUGUGAUGCAGGGGUGAUGCACAAUACAUAUAUCCCUGAUAGUGUAACACAUUAAUCUUUGCAUCGUGUGGUUGAGCCUUCCAAGGUGCAUUUCUGCGGGUCAUCCUUAUGCCGAUGCUGGCAGGAGAUAAAUGACCCUUUUAGUUGUAAUUAUUCUGUAGCCCUAGCACUGUGUGGAUACAGUUGAAUGUUUCUCUAGCAUUUAGGAUGUUGAAUAUUUAUGCCAUGCAUUUUGCACUGGAGAUAUCCUAGGGUGGGUGCAGAUCAGCAAAGGGAGGAAUACACAGACCUGAAUGGGUAAAAAUAGUGAUUCUACCUGCACUCUGGCUGCUCAGAUAUCAUGAAAGGUACCUCAAAACUGGGGAAUAUCUAAGCCUGGCAUGAAAGGGUUAUGGUGCCUUAAUCACCUGUGAUGAUCCCCUCACAUAAGAGGCCGAGUCUCGUAAAGAGCCGGGAUAGAGAUAUUUUCCUUUGCGUAUGGAAGGGAGAGCGUUGUUCCUGUGGAAUGCCGGUAUUAGUAAGUUAAUAAGGAGUUGCUUUCCUGCACUCCCUGAUAUUGCUCAUAUCGGGCUGUGCCCAUGAAGUCUAUGAACAACAGUCUCAGUUUCUUCAGUCUCUGUACGUUAGAUGUUCACCCGGAUGUUUUAAAAAAAAAAAUGUGUUUGUUUUUAUUAAAGAUUUU